GCUCCCUCGCCGGCCUCUCACGCGGCGGCGGCGGCGGCGUAUCCUGGCCGGAGCGAUGGAGGAGCCCGCGGCCGCGGUAGCUCGCUUCAAGGCCAACUAUGCUGUGGAGCGCAAGAUUGAGCCUUUCUACAAGGGCGGGAAAGUACAGCUGGACCAGGCCGGCCGGCACCUCUUCUGUGUCUGUGGCAGCAGGGUCAACGUCCUAGACGUGGCCUCGGGAUCGGUGCUGCGGAGCCUGGAGCAGGAGGACCAAGAGGACAUCACUGCCUUCGACCUGAGCCCUGACGAUGAGGUGCUGGUGACGGCCAGUCGGGCGCUGCUGCUGGCCCAGUGGGCCUGGCGAGAGGGCACGGUCACCCGCCUGUGGAAGGCGGUACACACGGCCCCUGUGGCUGCCAUGGCCUUUGACCCCACCUCCACCCUGCUCGCCACAGGUGGCUGCGACGGCGCAGUGCGUGUCUGGGACAUCGUGCGGCACUACGGGACACACCACUUCCGGGGCUCCCCCGGGGUCGUGCACUUGGUGGCCUUCCACCCGGACCCUGCCCGCCUGCUCCUCUUCUCCUCGGCUGCGGAUGCCGCCGUCCGCGUGUGGUCCCUGCAGGACCGGUCGUGCCUGGCUGUGCUGGCUGCCCACUACAGCGCCGUCACCUCGCUGGCCUUCAGCACGGACGGCCACAGCAUGCUCAGCUCUGGCCGGGACAAGAUCUGCGUCCUCUGGGACCUCCGGAAGCUCCAGGUCACAAAGACCCUGCCGGUGUUUGAGAGCGUGGAGGCUGCCGUGCUGCUGCCAGAGGAGCCGGCGCCAGACCUGGGCGUGACGUCCCCGGGCCUGUACUUCCUGACAGCCGGUGACCAAGGUGCACUGCGUGUGUGGGAGGUGGCUUCCGGGCAGUGUGUGUAUACCCAGCCGCGGCCGCCAGGCCCCGGGCGGGAGCUGACCCACUGCGCCCUGGCCCGCGCCGCCGGCCUGCUGCUGAGCGUCACGGCGGACCACAACCUGCUGCUCUACGACGUGCGCUCCUUGCGGCUGCAGAAGCAGUUCGCUGGGUACAGCGAGGAGGUGCUGGACGUGCGGUUCCUCGGGCCUGACGACUCCCACAUCGUCGUGGCUUCCAAUAGCCCCUGCCUGAAGGUGUUUGAGCUGCAGUCGUCCGCCUGCCAGAUCCUCCCCGGCCACACAGACACCGUGCUGGCCCUGGACGUGUUCCGGAAGGGGAGGCUCUUUGCCAGCUGCGCCAAGGAUCAGAGCAUCCGCAUCUGGAGGAUGAACAAGGCCGGCCAGGUGGCCUGCGUGGCGCAGGGCUCGGGGCACACGCACAGCGUCGGCGCCAUCUGCUGUUCUAGGCUGAAGGAGUCCUUCCUGGUGACUGGCAGCCAGGACUGCACCGUGAAGCUGUGGCCCCUGCCCAGGCCCCUGCCGUCCAAGAGCACAGCCCCAGACAGCGGCCCUGUCGUCCUCCACGCCCAGACCACGCAGCGCGGCCACGACAAGGACAUCAACAGCGUGGCCGUCGCUCCCAACGACAAGCUGAUGGCCACAGGCUCGCAGGACCGCACGGCCAAGCUCUGGGCCCUGCCACAGUGCCAGCUGCUGGGCGUCUUUGCAGGCCACCGGCGUGGCCUCUGGUGUGUCCAGUUCUCCCCCAUGGACCAGGUGCUGGCCACAGCCUCGGCCGACGGCACCAUCAAGCUCUGGUCAUUGCAGGACUUCAGCUGCCUCAAGACAUUCGAGGGGCACGACGCUUCUGUGCUGAAGGUGGCCUUCGUGAGCCAUGGCACCCAGCUGCUGUCCAGUGGCUCUGAUGGGCUCCUGAAGCUGUGGACCAUCAAGAACAAUGAGUGCGUGCGGACGCUGGACGCCCACGAGGACAAGGUCUGGGGCCUGCACUGCAGCCGGCUGGACGACCACGCCCUCACCGGAGCCAGCGACUCCUGCGUCAUUCUCUGGAAGGAUGUGACGGAGGCGGAGCAGGCAGAGGCGCAGGCCAGGCUGGAAGAGCAGGUGGUCAGACAGCAGGAGCUGGACAACCUGCUGCACGAGAGGCGGUUCCUGCGGGCGCUGGGCCUUGCCAUCUCCCUGGACCGGCCCCACACUGUGCUGACCGUUAUCCAGGCCAUCCGGAAGGACCCCGAGGCCUGUGAGAAGCUGGAAGCCACAGUGCUCCGACUGCGGAGAGACCAGAAAGAGGCCUUGCUGCGCUUCUGCGUCACGUGGAACACCAACUCCCGGCACUGCCACGAGGCCCAGGCCGUGCUGGGCGUGCUCCUGCGGCACGAGGCCCCCGAGGAGCUGCUGGCCUACGACGGCGUGCGAGCUGCGCUGGAGGCCCUGCUGCCCUACACGGAGCGCCACUUCCAGCGGCUCAGCCGGACGCUGCAGGCGGCCACCUUCCUGGAUUUCCUGUGGCACAACAUGAAGCUGCCCCCCCUCCCUGCUGCCCCCCCAGCCCUCUCAAAUACAUAGAGCUGGACGUGUCCAUCUGGCCAUGUGUGUCCGGGCCCACCUCCCCAGGUCC